AAAAAUCAUCUGUCAUCCUAUCAAAAAAUUCCAGAUGUAAUUCAAAAAUUGACAUUUUUCUUAUUGAUAUACACCUGUAUUUUCUAAUAGAUCAUCAAAUUUCCCUUCUCCAUUUGAUAUUGGAGAUAUUCACGAGCCAAGAAAAGUUAUUUACAGUUAUAUGAAUUGAGGAUUAGUUCCGAUAGUGGUAUGCUAUUUUUUAGUCUCUAAACAAUUUCAGGUCGUCAAUUACGAAAAUAUGGAAGCUUUGAGUCCUUUAGAUCCUAGUUCAUUUGCAAGGCCAGAGCUUGCCUUGGUGACUGAUAUCGAAUUAAAUCUUAGUGUUAGCUUUGAAAAAAAAAUAUUCACUGGUUUUGUUAUUCUAAAAGUACAAAAACUUGAUGAAAGCACAAAUGAAGUUAUUCUAGAUUCUAAAGAUUUGGCAAUUCAAAAAGUAACAGAGUUGGACCUGAACAUUGACGUGAAAUAUGAAAUCGGAGAACAAGUUGGAGAAUUUGGACAGAAGUUGACAAUUGAAUUACCAAGUAAAAGCAGUAAAAAUUAUGUACUCAAAAUUGAGUAUGAAACAAGUCCAAAUGCUAGUGGCUUACAGUGGCUUUCGCCAGAUCAAACUUCUGGGAAAAAACACCCAUAUUUAUUCAGUCAGUUCCAGGCAGUUCAUGCUAGAUCAUUUUUACCAUGCCAAGAUACGCCAGGGGUGAAGACCAAGUACUCAGCUACAAUAUCUGCUCCAGCACAAUUAACAGUCCUUAUGUCUGCAAUCAGAGAUCACAUUAGAGAACUUCAUGAUGGCAAACUAUUCCACUUUGUUCAAGAUGUUCCAAUUCCAUCUUAUCUCAUUGCGAUCGCUAUAGGAGCAUUGGAAUCAAGAAAAAUAGGGCCCCGUUCUCAUGUAUGGGCCGAAAAAGAAAUAAUUGAAGAGAGUGCCUUUGAAUUUGCCAAUACCGAACAUCAGUUGCAAACUGCUGAAGCUAUUUGCGGACCUUACGUUUGGGGCAUUUACGAUCUGUUGGUGUUACCUCCAAGUUUUCCCUAUGGGGGCAUGGAGAAUCCUUGUUUGACUUUCGUUACACCAACACUAUUGGCAGGUGACCGAUCAUUGGUCAAUGUGGUGGCACACGAGAUAGCACACAGUUGGACUGGAAAUCUGGUGACUAAUAAGAAUUUCGAGCAUUUCUGGUUGAAUGAGGGUUUUACAGUUUUCAUUGAGAGAAAAAUAUUGGGGAGAUUGCUAACGCCUCAGGAGCAGGACUUUCAAGCACUUGAAGGGCUUGCUGAUCUGACAAACUGUGUUAAACGUUUGGGUAAAGAUAAUCCCCUAACAAAGUUAGUUGUUGAUUUGAAAGGUCUACAUCCUGACGACGCAUUUUCCACUAUACCCUAUGAGAAAGGUCAAACAUUCUUGAGAUACUUGGAAGAAGCAGUCGGAGGACCAAGUGUUUUUGAGCCCUUCCUACGCAAGUACUUCGACACUUACAAAUUCAAAUCGGUGGACACCACAGAUUUUAAGACGUUCUUCAUCAAGGAGUUCUGCCCCUGCGGCAAAGAUAACAAGGUGAAACACAUCGAUUGGGAUCUGUGGCUCCACGGAACAGGGCUACCACCUCACAUACCCGACUACGAUACGAUAAUUGGUGAGGUGUCAGUACAGCUCUGCUCGAAACUGUCAUCGUGGAACGAAACUGCUGAACCUCCUCCAAUCACUGCUGAAGACGUGAAAUCAAUGUCUGCCAGUCAAAUCAUCUAUUUUCUGCAACUGGUGCUGGACGAACAAUCUGUUUGGAGUAUAAUAAAGCUGAAGGAAGUUGAAAAAAUCUUCUCGUUGGCCAAGAAUAAGAAUUCAGAGAUCAAACUGAGGUGGCUGAGGAUUUGCCUGAAAGCGAAGUGGGAGGAGAAAAUACCGGUAGUUUUAAGUUGGUUGAACGAAGUUGGUAGGAUGAAAUAUGUUAGACCGUUGUAUAGGGACUUGUACGGUUGGGAAGCUGCAAGGAGUAAAGCUAUCGACAAUUUUAAGGCUAAUAAGAGAUGUAUGAUGCAUGUUUCCGCUUAUACUGUUGAGAAGGAUCUGCAUUUGAAUGAAUAAAGUUCUAUAAACUGUU